GUCUCCUCCUCCCUCUGAGAUCUCUCCUGUGCUCCUCCCCUUACUCAAUCAGACUCCUCCCUCUGCUCUGUGUAACUCCUCCUCCUCACAAACGUGCGACUCAUUCGCUGGCUCCUCCCACAAUAUAAUCCCUCCCCUUUCUUUAUCCACUGUAAACCCCUCCCCGGGCUCAGGAACUUCACACAAACAUCUCUGUUGUUCCCGGUUUCCCACAGACCCAAAUGGAAAUGAGAAAGUAUAAAACAGAAGAGAAGUGGGACCCAAUGGAGAGCUCAGCACUUACUGAUGGGGGUUCUCCAGAGAUGGAAACAAGGAGGUUAGAGGGGAAAUGGGAGAAUGAAGAGCCGGACACUGAGGAUCCUCUGGACACAAUAAAGAGGGAAAUGGAUCCUGAUUCUUUAGAGGGUUCUCCAGAGACGGAACCAAUGUGGUUGGAAGUGAAAGUGAAGAAUGAAGAGUCAGACACUGAAGAUCCUGUGACCACAAUAAAGAUAGAGAUGGAUUCUGAUUCUUUAGAGGGUUACUGCUCAACGGACACAGAGUUAAAAGAAGAGGAAAGUGAAAAUCUGGCAGCCAGUGGUCUCUCCUAUACACAGGACAAUGAGCCAUCACAACCAAAGAACCAGAUGCUGAUCCACCAGACUGUUUACCCUGAUUCAUCAAAGAAUUUACACACAGACUGUGGAGAACAUAUUCAAAAUGAUAGUUUUGCCUCCGUCAAGAAAGUCUGUAAAGAGAAGAAGUCUGAAGAUUCCUCACGUCCAAAAUUUAAAAGAGAGAGGAAGACUUACACUUGUAGAGAAUGCGGCAAAGUAUUCCCUCAAAAAAACAAACUUAUCAGACACUAUAGAACCCACACAGGAGAGAAACCUUUCUCUUGUACAGAAUGUGGGAAAGAAUUUGCUGAUAAAGGCAUCCUUGUCAAUCACCUUAGAACCCACACAGGAGAGAGACCUUAUUCUUGUACAGAAUGCGAGAAAGAAUUCUAUAGUCAGAGCCAACUCCGCGCACACCAGAGAAUCCACACAGGAGUGAAACCUUACUCUUGUACAGAAUGUGGCAAGCAAUUUACCCAAAAAAACAUGCUUUCCAGACACCUGAGAACCCAUUCAGGGGAGAAAUGUUUCCCUUGUACACAAUGUGGGAAGCUAUUUUCUCAUAAAAGUACCCUUUCCUUACACCAGAGAUUCCACACAGGGGAGAAACUGUUCCCUUGUACAUAUUGUGGGAAGGAAUUCACUCUUAAAGGCUCCCGUGACUCACACCAGAGAACCCACACAGGAGAGAAACCUUUCUCUUGUACAGAAUGUGGGAAAGAAUUCUUUCAAGAAAGCAGCCUCCUCUCACACCAGAGAACCCACACAGGAGAGAAACCUUUCUUUUGUGAAGAAUGUGGGAAGAGCUUCACUACUAAAAGAUACCUUUGCAUACACCAGAAAACCCACACAGGGGAGAAAUGUGCCUCGUGUGCAGAAUGUGGGAAAGAAUUUGCACGGAAAGGUUACCUUGUCUUACACCAGAGAAUCCACACAGGGGAGAAACUUUUCUCUUGUACAUAUUGUGGCAAAGAAUUUUCUCAAAAGACUUAUCUGACCUUACACGAGAGAACCCACACAGGGGAGAAACCUUACACUUGUAGAGUAUGUGGUAGAGGAUUCGCUCAAAAAAGUCCCCUUGUCUCACAUGAGAAAACCCACAUAGGGGAGAAACCUUUCAUACCUACUGAAUGUGGUAGAGCAUUUGAGCACCAAGUGAACCUUUAGAAACAUCAGUGAAGCCACAAAGGCGAGAACAUGUUAAUUUCUACAGAAUGUGGGGAAGAAUUCUUUCUAAAGAACCAUCUUUCCUCACACCACGAAAUCCAAAGAAAUAGUGACUGAUACGUGAAAUGUUGCCCAAUAGUCAGAUUUAAGGGCAAAAUAUUGCAGAAUGUUUUGGCCACUUGGGACCUUUGACUGGUGCUAAUCACAACCAGAGACACAUCAUAUGAUUUACUUUUAGCAACCUUCUAGUAUUUCACUUGUUCAUGUUAAGUGCAAGUUAGAUCAGGUUUCUGAUGGUGGGACUGGCAAGUAAAACUCCCCUCUCCAUCUGUCACUACUUCCCAUGAGGCUAUGGGAGAUGCGCUAGUUAAACUGAAAGCAAUGGAGACGGAUGGACCUCAACUGUUCAACGGUUGCUUUGGUGAUUGAUCUGACUAGUGCAUGUCCCACAGCUCUGUAGCACUAUACAGACAGUAUUUGGGGGUGCCUUUUCCAAAUGUUCUCACCAAUAAACCACUGCUGCAUGUGACUCCUCACCUCAGCUGCGCUUUUUGCAGAGAGGUCUCAAAGCAGAACUAUAACUCUUAAAGAUACACUUUCAUCAUUCAUCCUAUUUGUUCUUCAACAAGAAUAGUUGUUGUACUGAAGAAAUAAAGUAGAAGACGGUGCUUCCAUGGUACACAAAAUAUUAUUGUCACAAUAUCAAAUGGGCAUAACUCACACCACGUGUGUCUGUCCCAAGUUUACCAGGCUUCACCGUGUGCUCCAAGGAAUAUCAUUGUCUAUCCCUGAGCCAUUCCAACUGGAGUUUCUAUUGUUUAGUGAAUGUCACUGGGCGAACUUCCCCCAAACUACAAUUUCCAUGUUGGAGCCAAAAACUGCUCUUACUGGAUCAUGUUGUCUUUCUUACAUUCAUGUAGUGAGCUAUAACUGGAGUUGACUGUCCCUAACUGAAGACCUUAUUCAUAGAGUUCCUUUGUUCACAUAAUCAGAGUGGUUAAACAAGCAAAACUGCCUAUACUGCAACCCAAUAAUUUAGGGUGGUUUCAGGCAUUCAAGUUAGUGAAAAUGCUAAAAAAUAAAAAAAAAACUGCCCCAUUUUCUUGUACAGUAAAGGAUAUUGGGACAUGGCUUUCCUUGGAGCUGAAUGUCAGUGUGUCUAUAGAGCUCCGUACACCAUACCCAGAUCCAGUGAUAACCAGCACAGUUAAAGAUGGGGAAAAUUAAGGAAAGACUACUGGGGAGAAGGCAAUCCAUGACACAAACCAAGCUAAAGCUAUUUUUCUUUAAAAACAAACCAACCUCAUGCAGUCCAAGAUGGCGCCCGCAAAGCGGAAACCUGCUUCCAAAAAGCAGGUUUCUCAAAGACUGGAGAAGGUUUUUGCGUUGCAGAGAUCAAUCAAAUUCAGAAAUGAUUCAUAUUGUUAAAUAUCGACAUAGUAGCAGAAUAGUAGCCAAGAAGGAGACAUGCUGUUUUGCUAUAAUGUGACGAGUAUCAGCAGGAGAAACAAUAGCUUAUCUGAAAGCAGUUCUGUUGUGUAGUGCUGGAUCCUUCUACAAGUUCAGAAUCAGACACAAUGCAUUGAGAUGGCUCCCACACUCCGAUAUUGCAGUUAAAAAAAAUACAUUUGUUGGGUUCAGGAAUAAAAUUCCAUAUGGUUUUCAGUGAAUUGUUUGUAAUCUAAACAGUGUAAUUUAGAAAUAAAAACUAUACUAGUUACUGGUU